AUUUAUUUUCUAUUAUUACUGUUUAUCCUCGUGUUUGCGUGUUUGUGUGUUUGUUUCUUCAUGCCUGCCGCGACCGGGAGCGAGUCACCACCACCACCAUCACCAUGCGAGCCCAAAUUGAAGUCAUACCCUGCAAGAUCUGCGGAGACAAGUCCUCGGGGAUCCAUUACGGGGUCAUCACGUGCGAGGGCUGCAAGGGUUUCUUCAGGAGGAGUCAGCAGAACAACGCCUCGUACUCCUGCCCGCGCCAGCGCAACUGCCUGAUCGACAGGACCAACCGGAACCGCUGCCAGCACUGCCGCCUGCAGAAGUGUCUCACCCUGGGCAUGUCCCGCGACGCGGUGAAGUUCGGACGCAUGUCGAAGAAGCAGCGCGACUCGCUCUACGCCGAGGUCCAGAAGUACCAGCAGCGGCUCCAGGAGCAGCGGCAGCAGCAGCAGACGAGCGACGUCUACUCCCCCAGCCUGGCCGCCACCGGUCACGACCUGAGCGGCGCCUACGCCGACGGGCACGCGGUCGACAUGGCCAAGGUCCACGCCAGCGCCGCCUACUACAGCAUGGACUCCACCCAGUCGAGCCCCGACCAGUCCGGGCUGGACAUGUCGGGCAUGAAGCCCAUCAAGCAGGAACCGGUGUACGACCUGACGCCCGUGCCCGACCUCUUCCCCUACGGCUCGUACCAGGACGGUCAGCUGGUACCCGGCGUCUCCAUGGCGGAGCUGGACCGAAUCGCACAGAACAUCAUAAAAUCUCACCUGGAGACGUGCCAGUACACGGCCGAGGAACUGCAGCAGCUCUCCUGGCAGACGCACUCCUACGAGGAGGUCAAGAUGUACCAAAACAAGUCAAGGGAGGCGCUAUGGCAACAGUGCGCCAUCCAGAUCACCCAUGCCAUCCAGUACGUCGUGGAGUUCGCCAAGCGCAUCGGCGGCUUCAUGGAGCUCUGCCAGAACGACCAGAUCCUGCUCCUCAAAUCAGGUUGUCUGGAGGUGGUGCUGGUGAGGAUGUGCAGGGCGUUUAACCCCCUCAACAACACGGUCCUGUUCGAGGGUAAAUACGGCGGAGUCCAGAUCUUCAAGUCGCUCGGCUGUGAUGAUCUGGUCAGCGCCAUGUUCGACUUCGCCAGGAGUCUGUGUUCACUACAGCUGACGGAGGAAGAGAUCGCUCUGUUCUCGGCAGCUGUUCUCAUCUCCACGGAUCGGCCGUGGCUGAUGGAACCGCGGAAGGUCCAGAAGCUCCAGGAGAAAAUCUACCUGGCCCUGCAGCACAUCAUGCAGAAGAACCACAUGGACGAGGACGCGCUGACCAAGCUGAUCGGCCGGAUCCCCACGCUGGCGGCGCUGUGCACCCUGCACGCCGAGGAGCUCCAGGCCUUCCAGCAGCUGCACCCCGAGACGGUCAGCGUGCUCUUCCCGCCCCUCUACAAGGAACUCUUCAACCCCGACGCCGCCGGCAUCGCGUCCAAGUGACCCGACUCCAAGCCGGAACACUAGGGCCGCCCGGAAAGCGGCGCCACGACGUUCCCGCUUCACCGAUUCAGUCAAGAAUGUACAUACGCGACAUGUACAGACUUUGAAGCGAUUCGUAUCGUUUAUAUGAGUUGUUUUUAUACCGAUAAAGUUCAGCCGCACUCCAGUAUUAAA